CUCUGGAGGCUCGGUAUAUUGUCCUCUACGUCUUGCCUCUUUCCCAGCCUCUCUGUUCACCUCCAAAUAUCAUGACAUCCAACGCACAAGAUAUGAGAGAUGACCCAAUCGCCCCUGUUGGUAUAGCCGAUAUCGAACUUGCACCUGCUACUGUGCAUGCAAGUGCAAAACGGGACGACCCUUUUCUCGUCGUGUUCGAAGAGCCACAUGAUGCAUCAAAUCCCAAAGACUGGCCAAAUGGUCGCAAAUGGGCCGUCACGGACGUUUUAUCCGCGACCGGCUUCAACAGGAUCAUGGUCUCAACAAUAAUGGCACCAGCGCUGUCUACUAUUGCCACUGAACUCAAUAUGAACUCGAUUGAGUCGGUCAUGAGCUUGUCCAUCUACAUACUUGCAACUGCUCUUGGUCCUCUGUUUAUCGGCCCGUUAUCCGAGAUAUACGGGCGCCAGGUUAUAUUGCACGCUUCAAACAUAUGGUUCCUCGUCUGGAACAUUGCUUGUGGUUUCGCCAAGACCAAAGAAACUCUCAUUGCUGCGCGCUUUCUAGCAGGGUUCGGUGCUAGUGCCAUAUAUGCCCUCGCUGGCGGCGUGCUUGGCGAUAUAUGGCGACCCGAGCAACGCGGUCGUUCGCUGGGCAUCUAUCUCUUGAUCCCGCUCCUAGGAGCUGCUGUUGGGCCCAUCAUCGGCGGUUUCAUGGCAGCACGAACCACUUGGAGAUGGAUGUUCUGGGCAACAUCCAUCUUCCAGGCCGUCAUGAUUGCUGUUUCCAUUACCACAUUCAAGGAGACAUAUGCGCCUCUGAUAUUGAAGCAGCGAGCAGUGCGGCUGCGACAAGAAACGGGAAAUCAGCAAUAUCACACGUCAUUCGAACGAUUAGAGGAGAGGAAAUCUACCUUCUCGAUAUUGUGUCGCGCUCUGACCCGACCACUUCGAUUGUUGGCUUUCCAUCCAAUCAUCCAAAUCACCGCGCUCAUUUCAGCAUUCUACUACGGAGUCUUGUAUAUUGUAUUGUCCAGCUUUGCGACGUUGUGGACUGACAAGUACCAUCAGUCAGUUGAGCUCAGUGGUCUACACUAUAUUGCGAUCGCCCUAGGUGAGGUAGCAGGCUGUCAGGUGGGCGGCCCUCUUAUGGAUUUCAUGUAUCGUCAUAUGCUGGCACGUUUUGGCACUAACGAACAUGCUCCCGAAUAUCGCAUCCCCCUCAUCUUCCCAGUCGCCUUCCUGGGUCCUCUUGGACUCUUUAUUUAUGGGUGGACGGCAGAGUAUCGUGUACAUUGGAUGGCAGUUGAUACAGGAGUGUUCAUCUAUAUGUUUGGCGGACAAAUAGCGGGUAUGCCACUACAGGCCUAUGUUAUCGAUGCCUAUCCGGAGCACGCAAGUAGUGCUCUAGCGGCGUCUCAGUUCUUGAGGUCCAUGACCGCGUUCCUGUUUCCGCUGUUUGCGCCUAGCAUGUACGAUGCUUUGGGGUAUGGAUGGGGAAACAGUACGAUUGCUUUCAUCGCGUUGGUAUUUGGCAUUCCAGCACCUUUGGCUCUGUGGUUCUGGGGCGCAAAGCUGAGGGCCAAAGCUACGACUAGCUACUAAUCAUAAUUGGGUGGAGGAUAUGGAGCAUCUACUAUUUGACGGACACUUCCCAUGAUGUCUCGGUAGCUUUCAUGGUUUUGAGUUGUGAGUACUGUUGGCACGGUUACCUUUCAAACCUGAACCACACCAUAUACUACGCCCCUUCAAAGUUUGGAGCGCAGAAUAUAUUAAAAAUACGAGGUUCACCCAGUACAUAUUUAUGUAAUUUCACCGGAGCAUACACGUUUAUCAG